CCCGCUCCGCCGCAACCGACUCUAGGGACGGAGAGCGUGUGCACAGCAGAUCCCAUCCCUCCCUUCCCCGGCGGGACAGCCGGCACACACAAACACCAACCACCUCGCCGCCAUGCCGCAGGGCGGGGCGAAGCGCGGGGCGGGCCGCCGGCCAUAGCGGUUGCAUUCAAAAGUCGCCUGGCGGGCAGAUCGGUUUCUUCCCUCUUUCCGCUGCUCCGGCUGCGAGAGGGGCAGCCGCCCGCCGCCCGGCGGGGCUCGCCGCGGCAGCCCGCAGCUAUGGCAUCGCGGGAGGCUUCCGAAACGUUCUUCAGCCUGAGUGGUGUAAGAGGGCGCAUGCGGGAGAAGAAAAAGGGUGCCUUGAAGACGGCUAAGUUGAACGCCUCUAUUGCAUCAAAAAUCAAAACCAAAAUCAUUAACAACUCCUCCACUAUUAAAGUCUCCUUAAAGCACAACAAUAAAGCACUGGCCCUAGCCCUCAAUGGGAUGAAAGCCAAUGUACAACAGCUCACCCAGGAGAAGACCAUCUUACAGAAGGAGGUAGAGGAGUGCCACUUCCAGAAUGCAGUGCUGCGGCACAAGCUCUCCUUCAUGGAUAAUGCCAUGAAAGAACUUGAAAACAUUAUGGCUGCAGUUAAGACAGCCCAGCUAUCCGAGUUCCACACAAGUUCUGCACCCUUGUGGAAUGGCCAGAAGAGCAGCAUAACUGAAGAUAGCUGGGCCAAUGAUAUUGCAGAUGUUCAUCUUGUGAGGGCUACAGGGAUGCCAAUGAGGGUGCCCAUUUCCAAGCCGUGUGAUGGUUGCACUUCCACAGCAGCACAGACAUGCUCACUAGAUUUUCUGAGUCAUGCUUCUAAUGAGCCCCUGGAAGUUGUGCCUAUUGCCUCCAAAAACACUUUGCCACCACAGGCUGCUGAGAAGCCUCAGUUCCCCCAGGAAAAGAAUGAGAAGAUCACUAAAGCAAUGGAAGCACAAGAGGUUUUUCUUGGCUCUUGCAUCUUUGGAGAGGCCUUUUGCACCACCAAAAAAAAUCCCAACAGUUUGCCAGCACUUCCCUUGGAAAGUCAUUCUCUUUCACAUGAGGGCGAUGAGAUAGCAAAACAUUUGUUGGAUCGUCUCUCACAAGGAUACGUUACUCAGAGAAGGAAGAAUCACAGCCUGAUUGCAAGCAGCACUCCAUCUUCUGGUGUGGAUGUCUUCUCACCUGUCAGUUCCACUCAGGCAACUGAAUGCUGUAUCACAAAGGACAGCAGCAGCUCCAGGAAGAGUGACACACAGCCACAGCUGAAAUCUCUCAGCUCUGUGGUUUCACCUGCUCAAACCACUGUUACUCCUGAUAGAAAGUCUUCGGGCAAAGAGAUUUUUUGUGAUCAGCCACAGGAUAAAGAAACUGGGUGUGGUGUUGAAAUGGACCCCACAUAUAGCAGAGUCCUUGAGUUUGUUCCUGUGAAGGCAAAAAGCAAAGGUAAUUGUAAAACUGGUGAGAAAAAACCUGGAAACAAAGCAAGUAUGGGAAAAAAGAAAACAAAUGUAAUUAAAAAGAAUGGAGAAAGUAGUCCUGAUAGACCUCAAGGCGAAGGGAGUACUCAAAAUACUAAGAAGCUUCUUCAGCCAGAAGUUGCAACAUGUCCUAGUGAGUCUGAAGUUUCUGAGAUGAGGCAAAAGGGUUGCAUGGAGGCUUUUGGCAGGAACAACACAGGCUGUGGUACAGAGCAACAUUCCUGUUUUCCUGCUGAAGGCUUCCCUUCCAGAAGAACAUAUGUGGUGAAUCCAGCACAGCUGCACAGUCCUGAAAGUAGUGACUUACUCAAACAGGUUAAGGACACUACCUUUGAAAUCCAGCAUAUGGAGAGCUUGCCAGGAAGCCCAGUUUGUACCUUCUCAAGUCUUGAAGUUCUCCCAGAUGAUUCCAGUCUACAAAAUUCACUUUUCUUGAGGAAGGAGACCUCAAGGACCUGUGCUUUGCAAGAGGAUUCAAGUGUGAGCACAAAGAGCAUCAGACAGAAAACCAACCGAAAAACUAGAAUUAUUAGGCAAAGAGGUGACUCUGAGGAAGAGAAUCUGCCAAACUGUGUGAAAACAGCAGGGGCCAAAGCUGAAGAACAGCCUAAAAGAAGCCAGACAAGCAGGAGGAAGACUGUCAGGAAAGGCAGUUGUCAUGAUCAGAGAAAUGAAGUUGAUGUUUUUGGCCUGUGUAUAGAUGUUCAAGGAGUAACUGAGGAGAGCGAAAAGGAUUUACAAGGUAAUCUUAAAUGUAGCAGGAAAACUUACAUUGUCAGUCCUUUGGAUCUUGCAGAAAACUUGGGUUGUGUCCAGACAAAUUUUGAAGACAGUGACAUUGUACCUCCCAGGUCUGUUCCUGGGAGCAAAGCUAGCAAAAUCCCCAGAGCUCAGAGGAUGGUAGCUGCUCAGAAGAAGACAAAGGGCCUUCAAGAAAAGGGGCAGGCUAAAGUUGACAACAACAUGAACACUUCAGAAAAAGAGUCCUGUCCCAGACCAAAGCUUCAGAAGGAGAACACCACCUCUAGAUCUCCAGAGGGUGAUUCCCUGGCCAGACAAAGUGAUGGUGCCCAAGGGCUCAUUGGAAGUUCAGCAGAACUUGCAUCCAAGCAAACUGUCCUGACAGGGAUGAUUUCCUGCAUUGCAGAUCUGCCUGAUCCAGAUAUCUAUCUGGAGGAGCAGGUGGCAAAUACAGACCUUUCACAGAGUCUUAAAUCGUCCCAUGUGACCUAUUCUGCAGCUUUGUCUGUCAGCUCCUGGCUUACAGAUGCACCAGUUUCCACGAGCUUAAGUACUGAGGGCAACAGAAUGCCAGAGAAAUCCCCUGUUUGGCUGGAAAGCUUCCCGAUACCUAAAGAAAAGACUGCAGAGGAAAUACCUGAGGAAAAAAGCCAGGUGAAGCCAAGUUCUCAGAACUCACCUUCACAAGAACUUGUGACCAGGCCACUGCAGGACUUGACCAAUGCCAGCGCUUUGUCUUCCUCUAGCUCGGAAGGAGCGACAGGGCGCUUAUCCAAGCGGAAAUGGGAACCAGGCUGCUACAAAGAGCCAAAACUGAACAGCAAACUGAGGCAGGGUGACCCCUUUACAAACACAGAGUUCCUCAACAACCUUCCCAGCAAAACCAAAAAGAAAAGAACUGGAAAAGCUAAGGAAAUUAUCAAGAAGAUCAAAAAAGAAAAAGAAUAGUUUCUUGAAGGAAUGCCAAGGCAGCCAAGCUAAUAACAAUGGGAGGAUACAUGGAGCCAGAAGUAAAAGUUUUGGUUGGACAGGCAGCCCCCAAGCUCCUAGGUGUGCUGCAUG